GACAAGUCUUCGGUCUGGUCUUUUCUACAACCCGAAACCCAACAAGACAAAUCGGAUCUUAAUAAAAACUUGUUCACUUGAAUCAUACGAUUCCUCUUGAGUCCAUUUUCACUCUAAACAAUUUCAAGAACCCCAUGGCUGAUCAUAACCACCACCACCAUCAACGCCCCAAUCGAAUCUCACUUCCCCCACGCGCCACCACUCCCAUUUUCCCCACCACCCCAAAAUCACAAUACCCACUUUACCCACCCACCACUCCCACCCCUACUCCGUCCAAAUACCGCCGCACUUCCUCUAAAAAAUCAAAUCUUUCUUCACUUUUCUUCCUCCUCUUCUCUCUGCGUUCUCUCUACUCUCUCCUCCCUUUUAUUAAAUCCUCCCCUUCUUCUUUCUCUCUCUUCCCCUUCUCUUUUCUCGUCUCUCUCCUCUCUCUCCUACUCUCUCUCCUCUUCUCUUUGAAUUCCGUCUUUUCUCUCCCCAAAAUCAACCAAUCACAGCUCAGAUUUUUGUUUGCUAAGUCAUUGGUUCUUGCUGUUGUUUUUCUGCUUAGGUUCCAGGCUCUCAAGUAUUGUGGUACUGCUGCUUUGAUUCUUGCGGAAAUGUCGGGGAAUGUGGUUGCAAGAUUUGUUGCAGAGGGUAAAGAUCGGAACUUUGGAGCUCGAACUGCGGUUGGGACGGGUAAUAUUCGUGGGUUUAUUGCGUUGUUUUGUGGGUUGUUUUUGUUAUCUAUUAGUUGGGAUAGAAUUGAAUGUUUUCCUUUUUCUUCAGUAAAUGUGGAAAAGUAUGGGUUUUCGUUUAUGCCAAAUGAUAAUUGUAUUAGGAUUUGGCCUAUGUUGUUGCCUUUUUUAUGUGGAUUUUUGGGGUGUUAUGAAAGAGUUGCGAUGAAUUGGGGGAAUGUUAGGGAAUUAAGUCGGAAACAGCUUCGAUUGGUUUCAUUGUUUUUCACGACAGUUGUGCUUUUUGUUCCUGCGGUUAUUAGUAUGUUUGUGUUUGAGGUAGAGGGAGAUAGUAUCUUAGUUGGAGAUUUAGGAUGGCCUUUGGCAAAUACUGUAGUAUUCGGAGUGCUUUUGAGUGAGAACUAUACUGAUGAUAAGGUAGUGAGUUCCAAAGAUUUCCAGGGAGAGUUUGUUGUAACGUUUAUAUGUACGAUUGUUUUGGAAUUGUUUUAUUAUUCGGAGCUUUCUCUUUUUGGUUUGUUGAUUUGCGGUUUGUUGGUUGGAAUUGCUGUCAAGGGAUUAAACCCUCUCUACUCGAAAUAUACUGAAUUAGGAUUGGAGUCUUCUGAAUCACUUACUACCUCUAUAAUGAAGCCCAUCCGGCAUAUAUGGAGUGAGAGAAAAUCACGUAAGAUUGCACUUUUUCUUUUGAUCAACACCGGUUAUAUGGUUGUGGAGUUUGUUGUUGGGUUCAUGAGCAAUAGUCUUGGAUUGAUAUCAGAUGCAUGUCACAUGUUAUUCGAUUGUGCAGCACUGGCGAUUGGGUUGUAUGCUUCAUAUAUAUCACGGUUGCCAGCAAACAGUCAAUUUAACUAUGGACGGGGAAGAUUUGAGAUUCUAUCAGGAUAUGUUAAUGCUGUUUUCUUGGUUUUAGUUGGGGCUUUGAUUGUGGUGGAGUCUUGUGAGAGGAUCUUGGACCCUCAAGAAAUUUCAACUAGUAGUUUAUUGACAGUUUCCAUUGGAGGUCUUCUUGUAAAUAUGGUUGGUUUAAUAUUUUUCCAUGAGGAGCAUCAUCAUGCCCAUGGUGGAUCUGCAUCAUGCUCCCACUCCCACUCCCACUCCUCCCAUCACCAUCACUCACAUAACCAUGUUGAAAAUAAUCAGAGUGUUCACAGAAUAGUAGAAGAGAAUGUACUGCAUGAGAGCCAUAAGAAAUCAGGCCAUACUUCCAAUGGUGACAAUAAUCACGUUCAUGGUGAUGGGAACCACCACUCUAACGGCCAUACAAUUCAUCAUGACCAUAAUGACCAUGAGCAUCAUGAUGAUCACAGUCACCACCAUAAUGACCAUAGCCACAAUCAUGUUCACCACCAUGACCACCAUGAGGAUCAUCAACAUCACCAGCAUGAGCACCAUGAGGAUCAUCAACAUCACCAGCAUGAGCACCAUGAGGAUCACCACCACCAUCAGCAUGAGCACCAUGGUCAUCACCAACACCAUCAGCAUGAGCACCAUGACUGUCGACAGCACCAGCAUGAGCACCAUGAUCAUCACGACACUAAUGUACACGGAAGCUUCUCUGUAAAUGACUCCGUUCAAAAUGGUGCCUUGGGGAAUCCUCAUAAUAUUGGUUUAGAAAAUAUAGAACCUAAAAAAGAGACAACACAGAAGCACCAACAUCGCCAUAUUGACCACAACAUGGAAGGCAUUUUCUUGCAUGUGUUGGCUGACACCUUGGGAAGUGUCGGGGUGGUUAUAUCAACUCUUCUAAUAAAGUACAAGGGAUGGCUUGCUUCAGAUCCUAUCUGCUCAAUAUUUAUAUCCGUAAUGAUAGUAUCUUCUGUGAUACCAUUGCUUAGGAACUCUGCUGAAAUACUGCUGCAAAGAAUCCCUAAAGUGCAUGAACAUGAUCUUAAAGAAGCCAUAAGGGACGUUGUAAAUAUGAAGGGAGUUCGUGGCAUUCAAAAAUUGCAUAUCUGGAGUUUUACCAACGAUGAUGUUGUGGGGACUGUCCGUCUUCACGUUUCAACUGAAACAGACAAGGAUACAGCCAAGGCACAGGUAUCAGAUGUAUUGCAUGAAGCAGGAAUUAAGGAUCUAACUAUACAAGUAGAAAGUGUGAAGGAUAGAUAGAUAAAUACAUUUGUCUUUAUAGAAAGCAACUUCAUAAAGAGUUGAGAGGCUUUAAAGUUGGAUGUUCAUUGUUUUAGAACCGAAUGGGAUCAGCUGACACUGAACGUAAUGCUACAAACGGCCACUUUAUGUGGGUCUUUAUCAUCACGGAACAUAAACAGUUCUUAGAGGAUCUUCGAAGACAGUAGCAUGACAUGCAAGAACUCGUUAUUUAGCAUCAACUAGAACCAGCUAAAGAGGCAGAAAUUAGAGAUGAUACAUUGAUACGUGAAUGGCAUUUAAACCAAUUUGUAUAAUUAUUAUAUCUGUACACUUGGCUUCUAGUUUGAAGCUUUAUAUUUUGCUAAAAUUUAGCCAAAUUGAUUGGACUCUGUAUACUGAAGGAGUUGAUAACAGAAAUUUUUUUGUAUA